CACCAACGAGCACGGAAAACGCUUUUCCGCACCUUACCAAGACAGUUUGUUAGCGCGUUAGGCGCUUCCAAGUCUGGUCACUGAGAUCUGAAGUAACUAACUCCACCUAGCGCCGAUCAACUUUAGACACAAGCGACAUGAAGGUGCAGUUCAUCAACGUGUCCCACCCGGCGGACCGGGUCUCGCCACGGCGGAUCCGCAUGCAUGCGGCCCGCGAAGCCCACGGCCGGGCCCGGCGCCAACGGACAGCAGAAUACCAAGCGCGCAUGAGCACGGCCACGGCAGUCACGCAGGCCGACAACACACUCUCGCUUGUCCCCGUGGGCAAUGCUAGCGAGAAGACGGAAACGAUUGAAGAGAUCAUCAGGACCACCAUGCCAGAUUUAUUUCCAAGCCCGGCCGACGUAUCCGCAUGGCCGGGUGUGGUAGGACCCUGGGCCCGCUUGGCAAUGGGCCCCUUUAGACCCGAGGAGCACUUUCUCCUCGACCACUACGUUAGAACAGUCAUGCCAGAGCUCAAUCUGCACUGCCCCGUUCUCAGUAAUCUGGGCGAUUAUCAGUCGUGUUUGACGCGUGAAUGGGUCAGGCUCGCUCUAACCGACACGGGGUCCAUGAGCGGCCUCUUCCUGGCCGCGUGCCGCCACCUGUCGCUGGCGUCGGCACUGCCGGACAAUCACGAGAACCAGGCGCACGAAAGAUUCCUGAGGCUGGCAACGACGUACAAGGUCGCAUGCAUCCAGGCGCUGAACGAGGCCAUCACGGCCGAGGGGAAGGACAAGAGGAUCAGUGAUGCGACCCUAACCAAGACGAUGCUGCUGGUGUUUGACGAGAUCUUGAUUGGGGACCUGGUUGCCACACGGCGACACCUGUUGGGAGCGGUGAAGAUGGUCGAGGUCAACGGCGGCGUUAUCGGCGGCUUUCUCAACGCCCUGCUCCAGAGAUGCGUCAAUGUCGUCGUCAACGACAAGCGGGAGCCGUGUCCGCUUGUCCCGCGUCUGUGUCCUGUUGGUCUGUCGUACCCGUAACGCUGUGUGUAUGUGGUGUAAUUCUCGUAUGGGCAAGUAAUCCAAUACAUGUAUGUACAGGCUUCAAUACGCGGGGGGAUGCCAAGACUUGCUCCAACCCUUUUGGGAACAAGUGCGGAUAUGCGCACCAUGAACAAAGAGAACUAGAUGGCUUCGGAUCGGAGAUACCGUAGUAAUUCGUCAGCAUUCUAGCUACUUCCUGCGAAUUAUGAUUACUUAAGCGGGCCCGGACUUAC